AUGGAAUACGACGCGAUUGUGAUUGGCGCCGGCGUGGUCGGGCCCUGUGUGGCCACAGCUCUCGCCCGCCAGGGAAAGACGGUGAUGAUUGUCGAGCGUGACUGGAGCGAGCCAAAAGACCGUGUUGUGGGCGAGUUGAUGCAGCCGGCGGGGCUCAAGGCGUUGCGCGAGCUUGGAAUGAUCCAGGCGGUCAACGGCAUAGGUGCGGUGCCUGUUACAGGCUACUACAUCAAGUUUGGCCAGGAUUCGGUGCAGAUCGACUACCCGGCCAAGCUGGACGUGGACGCCAGCGUGCGGCCAGUGCCCUGCUGCGUGAGCAACGGCAACGACAAGAUGCGGACCGACGACAAGGCGCUUGACGCCGCCGAAUGGGACGCCGACCCACAUGUGCGCGGCGUGGCGCUUCAGCACGGCAAGUUUUUGAUGAACCUCCGCGCCAUCGUCCGGGCAGAGAAAAACGUCACUGCGGUCGAAGGCACUGCCACCGCGGUUGUGCGAGACGAGCAUGCGCUGGACCUCGUUCGUGGCGUCCGCGUCAAGUUGGCCGACGGCCUGGUGGAGACGUACCACGCCAAAACCACGUUUGCAUGCGACGGCAUUUACUCCAAGUUCCGGCGCGAGCACGCGGCCGACUACGUGCCCAAAAUCGGCUCGUAUUUCGUGGCGUUGGCGUUGCACGGGUGCAAGCUUCCAGCGCCGGGCCGCGGGCACGUUAUCUUGGGCGACCACGCGCCCGUUUUGGCGUACCAGGUUUCGAGCGACGAGACGCGCAUGUUGUGCGCGCACCGCGGCGCGCGCCCGCCGUCCGCCUCGAACGACGACUUUUUCGACUACUUGCGGCGCGACGUGGCGCCCAACUUGCCCGAGGGAAUGCGCGCCAGCUUCGACGAGUGCGUGGCGUCGCGCAAGUUCCGCGCCUUGCCCAACCAGUACUUGAGUGCGGAGCGCCAGGCGAAAAACCGCGGCUUCAUCAUGAUCGGCGACCUGUUGAACAUGCGCCAUCCGCUCACUGGCGGCGGCAUGACCGUGGGCUUGAACGACACCGUUUUGCUCAUGCGCCUCUUGCAAGGCGUUGAUUUGGGCGACCACUCCGAAGUGCGCGCGCGCUUGCUCCAGUUCCACGCCCAGCGCAAGAAAUUGGACGCCGUCGUCAACACCUUGCUGAUUGCCUUAUACCUGUUGUUUGCCGCCGACCGGGCCGGGCUUCGGGUUUUGCAAGACGGCUGUUUCAAGUACUUCCAGUUGGGCGGCGACUGCGUGCGCGGGCCCAUUGGCUUGCUUCUGGGCAUGUUGCCUUAUCCGAUGUUGUUGUUCAGCCACUUUUUCUCGGUGGCCUUUUACGGUGUGUACUGCAACUUCGUGCGCCGGGGUGUCUCGGGUUUUUUGCUUGCCUUGUGGGAAGCUAUCGACGCUCUUUUUUCUGCAGUGAUGUUGUUCACGCCUUACUUAUGGCGCGAGCUUGUGUGA